AUGGCCGCCCAUUUGAUGCGUGUCUCGCUGAGACAAGCUCUUAAACGAAGUGCCAACUUAGGUGCAGUAUAUAAUUUAACAAAUGUUCGCCAUGACAGCACAAAAAGUCCGAAAUGGAAUAAUAACAACGUACGUGAAGAUCUUGCUACGGCUUACCGUGGUAUAUUCGAAUACGGUCUGUCAGAAGGAAUUUGUAACCAUCUUACAGCGAUUGCACCAGCUCGUAAAGGCAAAGAUUACGUUGCAUUAGUAAUUCCGUAUGGAUUACAUUGGUGCGAAGUUACACCUGAAAAGUUAGUGGGCCUAAACUCAAAUGAGAAACUCGUGGAAGGUGAUGGCGAGGCUGAUAUUACCGCAAUGAAGAUUCAUUUUGGCAUAUAUCGUGCCAGAUCUGACGUUAAAUGUGUUAUGCACUGCCACAUGCCUUAUGCAACCUCCGUCGCUUGUUUAGAAAAGCCAGUACUUGAAAUGAUACAUCAAAACUCUGCUCGAUUUUACAAUAGAUUUGCUUUUGAUCUGGGAUAUACUGGUUUGGCAACAGCAGAUGAGGAAGGUGAUAGACUUGCUCGUGUGCUAGGUGAUAAAACUAUAUUAUUCAUGGGCAAUCAUGGUGUUCUUGUUGCUGCAUCGACUAUUCACGAAGCUUUCGAUACAAUUUACUAUGUUGAAAGGGCCUGCAUGUAUCAAGUCCUUGCUUCUGCAACCGGAAAAAAAUUAAAUGUAAUUCCUGAUGAGCUGUGCGAAAAAAUAUCAAAACAAUUCUAUGCGGACAAGACAUAUAUGUUAAAGCAUUUUCAAGCUGUUAAACGCAUGCUAUCAAACUCUGAUGUCGACGCUUUCUGA